CUAUCGCAGAAACUUUAAUGAUAUAUAUUUAUUGAGAUGCUAUAAUUUGAAGAUGAGCUAAUCGACACACGCUUUAUGAUAUGGGGUCGUUUGAUGAGAUUGACCUCCGCCUUUUAAGCCUAGGGCUGAAGCAUGGUAAAUCCUGCGAGCGGCUUCUCGACCAAGACAACUAUAGGAGUUGGUGGAAUAAGGAGCGUAUCGAGGAACAUAAUGGAAUCAUUUGGAUCCAGGAUAAACGACUCGUCGAGAAGAGUGGCUGGAAGUCGGUUAUUCUUGAAAGAAUAUUCCAGCGGGUCGUCCAAGGCCUCGGGGAUCGGGAAUUACAAACCUACGUUGAUGCACUCGACGAGUGUGGGGACUCAGAGCUUCGAGAGAUUUUUACGCAUUUGCCUGGCGAGCCGCCCGUGUCCGACAAUCGGCGUAAUUCGAGGCACAGAGAUCGUCCUCGACAGACAAACUCAGCUUGUGAAGACAUUGAGCGAUACAUUAAAUCCAAAUUGAGUCCGAUUUACAAAAACGAGAAUCCCAGGCGGUUUAUGCACCUACAAUCUUCCAUACUAGAGAAAUCUCGGGGAAUUUUCCUCUGGGUUUCUCUUGUUAUAGAAAUCCUGAAUGGCGAGAUCGUCGAGGAUCGAGCCCAUGAUUUAGAGAUAUGUCUUCAACAGAUCCCCGAGGAAUUGAAAGACUUAUUCGGCCUGAUACUGCGAAGAAAUCAGCAUCAGAACUACUCUUUACGGCCCUCGGGGUUGAAAGAGUACUAUUUCGCUGUUAAUGAUUAUAUUCCCGAACUGGCAGAUCAUUGGGAGCUUGAUGAGGAAAGGGACAGUUCCAGGCAUGUAAUGUGCCGAUUUGUAACUUACUCAUCGAUGGGCUUCCCGGAGGUGGUUAAGGCCAAGGGAAAAUCCCAAUGGAUUGUUCAGUUUAUCCAUGAGACAAUCCGAGAUCUCCUCCUUAGGAAUUUAGAGUCAGGCAACGAAGAGCUAUUCAAGGCAAAAUGCCAUAAAGUCAUCAGGGACCGCUGCCUGGUGCGCUCUCCGAUAUCCAGUCCAGUUCGACAAGUAAGCAAUUCAUCGAGUUUCUGGGAAAACGCAACAAGCCUCUACCGGGACCCGUGGAGAUUCGGCCAGGUCCAGGCCAAAGGCUAUUGCUGCUUCCAUAUGCCGUCUCCUCGAUCCUUGAGCAUGCACGUUUCAUUGAAAAUGAACCUGAAGGAGAGGCGUUUAUUGAUUGCUUGCCUUGGGACUGUUGGAUAUAUUUCCAAUAACAUAUUCGUCGGCCGGAAAGCAUGCCGUUAUGCAUCGGGUGAGAGCUUAAGAGCUCUUGCAAAGAAUGACCUGCCUAGCCUUGUUAGAGUUGCUCUAAGACGAAGCACGUUCUUCCAAUGGAAAGUCCAUGCCGUAGCAUUGAGAGAUGCCUAUGACGGCUAUCAUGGGAACGCGUCCAAAAUGCUGAUGAUGCAAGAUAAUAGCUUACGAACCAACUCUCUAACUUACCGCCCUCAACUUAACAACCUCGUUGAUUUGAACGUCACUAAUGAUCUUUAUUUGCGAUCCCCAUCAGACCCUAGAGCAUUUGGCAUGAGGCCACCUCGGGUGGUUGAAGCUUUCAGGAUCGAAAUGCUACCCUAUCUACAUCUCGCUACCGAAGCAGGUGAUGUUGACAUGGCAGGUAAUGUUGACAUGCUAUUCUAUGCUGCUGACCAUGCCGAUGUGCUUGAAAUGUUGCUUGUCGUUGGUGCUGAUGUUGAUACACGUAAUGGUCAUGGUCAAACAGCUGUAAACGUUGCUGCUAAACAAGUCUAUGGAAAUAUCGUUGAAAAACUACUUGUGGACAUUGAUUUGAAUUUCGUUAACGGACGGGAUCUGUCCGACCGGACAGCUCUAUGCUAUGCUAUUUACUAUCAACAUCAAAACAUUGUUCAAAUGCUGCUUGGGGCUGGUGUAGUUGCCGUUAGACACGAUGAGGAUCACCACAGAGAUCUCUCACCCGCUGUUGAAGAUAGAUGGACAUCUUUGAAACGUCGCUCACCCUAUACGCCACCCCCCUCUCGUAGGCGAAACUGGGGCUCAAGUCAUUGA